AUGAAUCUGAGGAGCAGCCCUCUUCUGUUUAUGGAAGGACGAGAUCAAGAAACCCCACCAUUACCAUUACCAAUACCAUCUCCGCCCACCAAUCCAUCCUUCCUCUUUGCACAACCCCACCUCCCAUCUCCUAAUUCAUCAUUGAUUUUUCCAAAUAUUUCUCAUUCUCAACCCCUAGUGCUUCAAGAUAAUCUUCAUGACUUGUUAGGCCUCUUAUCUGCUCCACCUCCCACCCCUUCUGGCAUUCCAAAUAUUGCCCAUGAUAAUACUAAUGAUCAAAUAAUGAUGCCAUCGCUGGAAACUGCCCCUUUGACCAUCUCUGAUAAUGCUGUUGCGCGAUCGCCUGAGGAGGUGGCCAUCAAGGAUAAGAUCAGAAGGGCGGCUAGCAGCAGUAGUAAAAACAGAAAGAACACGGUGCCUAAAGUGGUGUUCCAGACAAGGAGCCCGGAUGACAUACUCGAUGAUGGGUAUCGCUGGAGAAAAUAUGGACAGAAAUCUGUGAAGAACAGCAAGUACCCCAGGAGCUAUUAUCGGUGCUCGCAUCACACAUGCAACGUCAAGAAACAAGUCCAGAGGCUGUCAAAAGACACAAGCAUCGUUGUGACAACCUACGAAGGAAUUCACAACCAUCCCUGUGAGAAGCUCAUGGAAACUCUUUCUCCUCUUCUCGAGCAAAUACAAUUCCUCACCAGGCCGGUUUUAAUGUAA